AUGUAAAAGAGACCAGAGGAUGCAAAGAAAGAGGAGCAAUUAUUCAUAUACUUGUAGAAAUCGUAUGCAGAUGCAUAAAAGGGAAUUCCAAAUUCAAUGAAUAAAAUCAUUGAAGAAGUUUGCCGAAAGAAUAAAGACAUACCAUAAAUAGGUUUGUGGGUUGAAUUAUUUAAUCGGCUGUUGCUUUAAUUGCAACGCAAUGGCAAUGAUGCCAAAAUGGUCAUCGAUAUAGUAUUGUAUAAAAUACCAUGGUUCACUUCUGACAAUCAUUUCUAAGUCUUACCUUAAUUCAAAAAGAUUUUGUUCACUAUUCUGUCUAUGUCUCCCUCGUAACUAGUUACUAUCUAUCGUUUUUUGGUCUAAAAGUUGAGUCUUCAAAUGCUGAUCGAUUCAGAAUAAACUCGAGAUGAUAUUCCAUGUGAAGUGAUGGGCCAGUCCUAUCCCAGCAAAGCCGCAUUGUAAUAGCAGAUCUUGGUAAUGACUGAAGCCUAUCAAUUGACUGCUGAAAAUUAGAUUGUUAAACUGUCAGAAUCUCACAAAUAAUUUAUUAAAGAAAUAUUGAUUCAUCAUCCCAAAGCAGAUGAAAAAUUGAAAGGUAUGUAAGAUAUUGGAUAUGGAUACUUCCCAUCCAAAAAUAAAUCGAAAUGUUUCUACAUCAUCAAAAAGGAUAAUACAUAAGAAGAUAUUUCAUACAUAAAAGGAAUAGAUGGAUUGUACAAUGAUAUUUAUAGAGACAAAUAUUUUAAAAGUAGUAAUAAUAUUCAUUCUGAUGCUGCAAUUCAAAUUAUUUGUGAAAUAAUUUAAAUCUAUAAAUUAAGUAAAGAGAAAUUAUUAGAAACACUUUCUGAUCUAUUUCCACAUAAGAAUCAAAGUGAAAUUCAUUAAAGAGUUUAUGCUACUAAUUGUAUGAAACUUAGUGAUCGCAUUCCUGAACUCAGAUCUCGUAUCUUUAAGAUGGUUUAUAUAAAGAUUUUAUAAAUUGAUUCAGAAAUCAAGUAUGAUCCAUAAUGCAACAAUUUCAUUAUUAAAACCACUUUGCAAUAACAAUUGAACAAGAAACAUAGAGAUGACAUGUGCAAGAAGGUGGAUCAUUUAUUAUUUAUAUUAUUUGAUUAUUUGGAUUCCAAAUUAGGAAUUGCGAAUAAGAGUAUAUUUCAAAUGGAACUCAAUGAGGAUUUGAUAUUUAAAAUAUUUCGAGAGCUGCAAUCAGUAUUCUAAGAGAUUAUGUUAAAAAACCAAUAUUACAGAAUGGCUCACUAUGUGUUUCUAUACUUUUGUUCUUUGCCAAACUCCUUACAAAGAAUCAAUUAGUUAUUUCUCUCAUAGUUAGUCUAAAACAUAAGAUCUAAUACACUCUCUAAAACUGAAAAAAUCAAUUCUCUUUAUUAUUUGUCAUCCUUAUUGGUUAGAUGCAAUUCUAUAAAGAGCACAGUUUUUGUGAAAGCAGUCGAAUUACUAUUGGAAUAUUUGAAUGAUAAAUCCUAAUAAAUCGAGGUUGAAUUGGAACAUCAUCUAGUACAAAUGAUGAUAUUCUUAAUAUCUACUAAAUCACCUUAAUUAGAGAUCCUUAAAAACCAAAUUCAUGAAGCAAUUCUUAAGAAAAGUUCAACCUUAUAACACAUACACUAUGAUAUCUUGGUAAAAUUCAAUGAGGUUUUGUUGAGAUCAAAAUCUGACGAUUUGAGAUAGAAACUUAUUGAAAUAACUGCAAAUACAAUAUCAAAGCAUAUUGGUAAUAACUGUUAAGGAGAUUUAAUUACUAAUUACCAUAGUCCAAAUACACCUUAAAAAUUGAUCUAUGAUCACGAGAGUCUGUUAUCCAGAACAUCAACUUAGAGAACGGUAGUUCAUAAAAAUCAAUUGGACUUCUAUCAGCCAUUCAACAGUAUGACUUUAAUUUAUUCUGAACCAUUUAUUAAGGAAUUCUAUAGAUAUGAUUCGGAGUUGAUAAAAGAUGAAGGUGGUUCAUUGAAUAACAGUCACGUUGAAGAAAAAAGAAUACCUCACUAUCAUGAUGGAGAAAAGCCCUAAAAGAAAGUUAAAUAAUGA